GAUGUGAAAAAAAAACUUUUAUUCAGCGAUUGCGAAUGUUUUCCCUUUCUUCCAAUCCAACUGAUCGAAAUACAGAACAAUUUCCCGGAAACUCCGUGAAAAAAGCCUCGAUCGUAUCCCAACGGACCAUACGCCAGCGUUCCCCCUGGCCAGUGUGAAGCGAACAGUAAUCCAGGUUCGAUUUCCACGACGUGUAAUUCCGCGAUCAUGAAAAACUAACGGUGAAAUACUUUUCGCGACCGUAACCCAGCCAAAGUUGAGAAAAGUUUUAAUAUUUUGAAGUCGUUUGUUGAGUUAUCGCUGAUGGUGGCCGUCGUAAUCCAAUAUGCAAAGUGCUCCUCACACUGCUUUGUCGGCAACUGCUGUAGUCAAUAAUAGAAGGAAGUAUAAUACAUUAACUAGCGCUGGGCGGAAAUCGUAAUCAAGGAGUGUGUUGUGGAGUGUAUUUUUUUAUCAAUCUUUUCUUGCUGGGUUGGCUUCACACGUAACAACAUAGGAACCGGAACCGAUUGAUUGAUUGUGAAGUUGUCGAGCGAUCGAAGCGAAGGAAAAAUGGAACCGGAUAACUCAACCAAGUAUCAGAAACUUGCCGCAGAAUACUCUAAGCUUCGUGCCCAAGCCAGCGUUCUGAAGCGCGCCGUGCUAGAGGAGCAGAACAAAAGUUCGGUCCUUCGUGAAACCCUGCGCACCAAGGAAGCCAGACUCCGCAAAUCGGAACAGGAAGUGGACAGCCUUGGCUUUCGGAACAAGCAACUCGAAAGGCGCGUAGCCGAUUUGCAGACGGAUUUCGAGCAGGAACAAAAACGACACACCGCCAAGGGGUCAAAGUCCAAAGCAGGAAGUGGCGGCGGCGAUGGUCAGUCCACGACGUCAAGUGGAAGUGCCGAUGCCAUGGUCAUAGUCGAAGAUCUACAGCAAAAGAUUGUGGAAAAUGCCAAACUGGCAAUUGCGCUCGAAGACAAAGAUGCCGAAAUUCGGCAGUGCCAGCUGAGGCUAGACGGACUGAACCGGGAGCUGCAACAGCAAGCCAGCACCGAACAGAAGUUGAGGAAAGAGCUCGAAACACUCUCGCUGAGAAACACUGAGUUGGAAGCGAAAAUUUCCGAAGCUGCUAGUACGAUCGGCAGUGAAGAUGGAUUAAGCGUGACUGCUGAUAUGGAAAAUCACUUCAACAAUCACUUCAGUAGCAAUUCCAGCCAAGCAACAGCGCCAGGAGGAGCAAUGGGAGGUGCUGCUGGGCAUGCCACCGGCAGUAAUAAUAACAGCGCCAGUUACGACGACCGGAUAGGCUACCUGGAGAAAGAACUGAGCCAUUGGCGAGCGCAGUACGAGCUGAUCAAGCUAGAAAUGUCUAGUCAACGUGGGGGAUCCAAGAGGGACGAAAUACCUAGGGAAAUUGCUGAAAAAAAUAUUGACCCAGACAACCAGGCUCAGAGCGAGUUUCAGCUAAGGGAACAACAACUGGUCGACCGGUUCACGAGAAGCAUCGGCGAGCUGUUCCAUGACAAAUGUAGGGCCGAGUCCAAAUUAACUUCGCAUUUAUUAGAGUCUCAAAGACUGCAAUCUCAUCUGGAAAUUAUGAAAAAUCGACUGAAAGAAAGUGACGAUGCCAAGCGUGGCGAGGAGCAUCGAUACCGUAUCAUCGAAGAUGAACUGGCCCGUACCCGUCUAAAUUACGAGGAACAGAUCAGCGUUCUAACCGAACAGGUGAUAAGUUUGAGCGAUCAGCUGGCCAAAUGCAAGUAAAGCAUGCAACCGAUCGUCUGCAAGUCAUCGGUCCAGCAUUGUGUAAACACAACUACUUCAAUAUCUACUUUUGGUUGGUGCGUGCAUCAUCAGCGUCAACCGAACUUGUUUUCGCCGAAGUGAUAGCGAACAAGAUCGUGAGAAACUUGUUGAUUUACUUUGUUUUGUCCCCGCCCUAUCUAUAUUAUAUUAUAUGUUAUUUGAGAGAAGAAAUACUGCACUCCUUCUGGAAGGAGUAAAAUUAGCGAAAAAAUCAACGAUAGAGUAUUAUAAUCUGUUUUUUUUUUUCAAAACCUACCUACAUGUGUGUAAAAGAAAAAUUUCCUAAUACAUAUAUCAAACUACUUGAAUGAAUAUAUUGUGAAUGACGAAUAAGAAAUAAAU